AUGGAGGUGCUGUCAGACAUGUUGGCUGCUGCUCCCUUCAACUCUGCGGGCUGGAUAAAGAUAGCCAAAUAUAAUGGUCAGUUUUGUCUGUCCCGUAGGGUUGAAUGGAGCCCCCUCCUUUCUAAUGGACAGAUUCCUGUUGCAGUUGUCCUCAGGCGCGGGUCCUCAGGCGCGGUUCUCAGCGGUUCGCCGGCACAGUUAGAUGUGGUCGAGACUAAUCCCUUUAAGCACCUGACGCACCUUUCUCUACGACUCCUACCAGCAAAUGAUGUGGAAGUAAAGACUUACCUGGCAACGUGUUUAAAGUGUAUUAAGGAAGAAAGAAUGAUGUUACAACACAAACUGAAAAAGACAGAAGAUGAUCUGACCCGGCAGCUGAUCAGCGCACAGCAGAGUCUGUCUGAGAAAAGUAUAGAACUGGAGAAAUUAAGAAGCGACUCUGCAGCCAAGAUUACGUCAUUAAGGGGACAGCACACGGCAGAGCUUACCAGAGAGAAAGAGAAGGCUCAGCAGGCUUAUGCUCAGCUACUUCAACAGAACGAACAACAAAGAAAAGAGUUUGAGAGCUCGACGCAGAAGAACAGUCAGCAGAUGCAGAACAGACUCAGCGAGCUAGAACAGUCCAAUAAGGAUCUCCUGGAAAGAAGAUAUAAGGCUGAGUCUACUGUGCGGGAGCUCAGGGCAAAGUACCAGAGCCUAGAGGAGGAGCUGCAGCGAGCAGAGCAGAAGGUGACCUCCCUUGGUAAGGAGAACAGUGCGCUGGAUGCAGAGUGCCACGACAAGGAGAAGGAGGUGAAUCGUCUUCAGACGCGACUCGCUGUUCUCGAGCAGGAGCUGAAGGACAAGGAUCAGCUGCUACUGAGGAGUAAUGAAAUCCUAUCAGCCACACAAGAGCAGAAGACGGCGCUAGAGGCCGGGAAUGAGAAGAAGCAAGUGCAGAUGGGGAAACUGGAGGCAACAAUAAAAUCCUUAUCUGCUGAGCUCCUUAAGGCGAAUGAUAUAAUAAAGAAACUUCAAGGAGACCUGAGGACAUUAAUGGGGAAACUGAAGCUGAAGAACGCGGUGACCGUGCAGCAGGAGAAACUUCUCACCGAGAAGGAGAAGAUGGCUCAAGAAGGGCAAAGAAAAAUGCAAGAAACUCAGCAGAAUCUGCGGUUAAAAGAGGAAGAGGCAGAAAAAUUGCAGGAACAACUUCAGCAGAUCGAAAAGAAGUUAGAAGAAAGCAAAGAGCUGCUGAAGACGAAUGAGAACGUUAUUACUUGGUUGAAUAAGCAACUGAAUGAGAAUCAAACUGCAAGCUCCAAUCCGAGCAGCGCCCCCUUCAGGACAACCGACAACCGAAUGGUAGAAAACAGGAUACCCCUCCAUAGCUCCCGGACGCACUAUCCAUAUCCUGCCUCGUAUACAGUCAUCCCCUACCUAACAUCUUCUGCAUCACAACAGUCCUCAAUGGAGGCAGUGCGGCCAGGUCCACGGGUUCAGUACAAUAAUUUACUUGCAAAAGCAAAUCUGCCAGUAACCAGUCAGGGUGAAAAUAAAGAGAAUGGAGAGUCAGGGGGCCUGGAUCUGAAGUAUCUGAAGAAGAGGGAGGGCACAACCCCUUUACAAGGCCUGAGCCAAAAUACUGCUGCAGUUACAGAACCUCAGAAAUCCACUUCACGCUCCGUAACACAAUUAAGGACGGGACCUCCGAUUCAUUCCGCAUAUUUCCCUGGACAAGUGUCAUCGUCCUGAUUCCUAGGUCUUGUUACCUGGAGGUGGAAUCGUGUUCACGGCCGAGUGUACAGACACUGGAGUUGUGGCUGCAGCAGGUUCCGGUGUCGACCUCGGAGGCUUUGGACUUGUGUCGGUCAAUCUUAUUGUUUGAUCUUUUUGUUUACCGCGUAGCAGUGAUUUGUGUUACUAAUAUAUUGUUGUACAUCAGACCUCGGUGAUUGUACGUGAUGAGGGUUUAAUGUGUGUUCUGCUGGAGCUGUUCUAGCUCUGCGCCUUGUGUGGAUGGCGUAUCCCCAUGGGCAUUCUUUUAUACUGUAUUUGAACAUCACAAUUUAAAGGGGUACUUUGCCCCUAGACACCUUAUCCCCUAUCCAAAGGGGACCCCCGCGAUCUCCCUGCGUUCAUUUAGAGUAUCGGGUGCAGCGCUGGAGGCUUUUGG